AUGUACCCCGCGGACGCCGUCGUGGGGAAUCUGGGCAGCAAGCCGGGUGGAGUCGAGCCGUACGCGAUGACCAGCUACAGUGCUGUAGCGAAGUCGUCCGCUUUUACUGUAACGAGGGCAAUUGUAUCGCGGAAAUCGAGGGCCACAGUCAUCAGGUUUACUCGUAGCGGCACAUCGGGACUGUCGCCGAUCAACUACAAGGGCAGCAACAGCAUCGUGUGGGCCUACUCCGCCGACGGCUCGACCGCUGUGGGCAACCACGGUGACAACCGGGGCUCUGCGACUAUUGACCUCGCGUGCAAAAUCUGA